AUGGAUAUCAACGACAACAACGAGAAUGUCUCCGUCGCGUACGGUCCAGACAACAAAUUACCACGUUCACUGCUUGACUCGGGUGCAACCCAUCAUAUAAGCCCUUGUAAAGAGCUAUUCACGGAUCUCAUCCCCCACAGGAAAGGGUUGGUAGGAUUUGGAGGCCAUAAACUCUAUUCCAUUGCCAUUGGAACGAUGAGGCUACCCUACACUGUCAAAGGCAAGAACCUUUUCCUUGAACUCCGUGGUGCUCUUCUCGUCGAGGGCGCCAGGAAUACUCUCGUGUCUGUCUCCAAGCUCAUCAAAGAAUAUCCGGAUACGCGAGUCAGCUUCUCUUCUGAUAGCUGUAGAGUCAAAUUUGGAGACCGUAAAAUUCGUCUCCGCUUAUCAAGGGGACAUUAUGUGUUUGAUCUGAGGACAGAUCUGCCACUUGACAGUGGUACAAGUGCGGUUUAA